GUAUAAAAAAUGCUCUCUAUAUCCUCUUUUUAAUGGUCUAUUUUCGAAACUGCUGACAAUUUGAUCAAAACGUCAUAGCCGAUACUCAGUAAACGGUAUCGCUAUGACCGCUGUGCCUGUCUGUGCCUCGUCUGUCCUCACCCGGCCCCCUCGUUCACCAAUAGCCUGCGGCAGCAAAUCCAACAGGCAAGCAAGGCAAGGCAAGGAGCAACAGUGGAUAAAACCAACAGAGAAAAGCUGCCUGGCUGGUACUGUUGCUUUACUACUUGGCUGUGGUCAUUACAAUCUGAGCGGUCGUAGAGUUGUUAUCCCAGCAACCCGACACAAUCCUCUGCUUCAUCUGUUCCUGCUGUGGUUAUUGUAAUCCUCAAGUUAGACGCUGUGCUCUCCUUUGUCUCCACUGAGAAAAAGACUCACUCGCUCAACUCGACCGACACGCUGCACUUCAUAGCAGCGAAUUAAUUAUUAUAUUUGGAGGAACAAGUUUGAGCGUCCGAAACAGACACAAUGGCUGCUGAUGAUCCAAGUGGAGGUGAUGCUGCGGCUCCUGCCCCAGCCAACGGUGGCGCCGGACAAGUGGCACUUCUGAGUGACCCUGUGGAUGUUAUUAUCGACAAGCUCUUGAGCGUGCGAGGCGCCCGACCCGGAAAGCAAGUGGAUUUGUCCGAAGCGGAGAUCAAGAUGUUGUGUCUGCGCUCUCGUGACCUAUUGAUCGGACAACCGAUGCUUUUGGAAUUGGAGGCUCCCAUCAAGAUCUGCGGAGACGUGCACGGUCAAUACUAUGACUUGCUGCGGUUGUUCGAGUAUGGAGGCUUCCCUCCAGAGUCUAAUUACGUCUUCUUGGGGGACUACGUUGACCGUGGUAAGCAGAGUCUAGAAACUAUCUGCUUGCUCUUGGCCUACAAGAUCAAGUACCCCGAGAACUUCUUUGUUCUCCGUGGAAACCACGAGUGUGCGUCUAUUAACCGUAUCUACGGAUUCUACGAUGAAUGCAAGAGACGAUUCGGUAUCAAGCUCUGGAAAACCUUCACUGACUGCUUCAACUGCCUCCCUUGUGCCGCUGUCAUUGACGAAAAAAUCUUCUGCAUGCACGGAGGACUCAGUCCGGAACUCACCAGUCUCGAUCAGGUCAAGAGAAUUGUCCGACCUACCGAUGUCCCCGAUACUGGACUCUUAUGCGAUCUCCUCUGGUCUGACCCCGACAAGGAAAUUGACGGUUGGGGUGAGAACGAUAGGGGUGUCUCGUUCACCUUUGGGGAGGAUAUCGUCGCACAGUUCCUGAACAAACAUGACUUGGACCUUAUCUGCCGUGCCCAUCAGGUCGUAGAAGAUGGGUACGAGUUCUUUGCUCGAAGACAACUCGUCACCCUUUUCUCGGCUCCCAACUACUGCGGAGAAUUCGACAACGCCGGAGCCAUGAUGAGUGUCGACGAAACACUCAUGUGCUCCUUCCAGAUCUUGAAGCCGGCCGAAAAGAGACAGCGCUUCUCAUACCAAGGUGGUGCUGGAAACAGGCCCGGAACUCCUGGUGGCCCCGGCAAAUAGAUGACGAAACUAUCCUAUCAAGGAAUGGAAAUUUUAUUUAUUUGGACGAGGAUGAGAGAUUGACUGACAAAAUAGUGUGAUUUCGUGGAAGGUGGUGGUAUGUACAGUAUGGUUGGAAUUUUAUACAAGAGGAACGGCGAAUUGUGUGGAAGCUACUUUACCUACCGGCCUUACCACAACAGAAUUGACGAAAGGAAAGAGGAGAGAUUACAUGAGAUGAUGGAAUAGAAGCGGAGACAAAGAAACCAAGAAAGGAAUGAUACGGGCACACCACUUUUUUCUGGACGAUCGGGAGCGGCUUAAUCCCGACGUCCGAUUGAUUUAUUUGGUACAAACGAACAAUGUAGCACCGGCUUUUACGUUUUUGUUGGUUAUUGUUGUCGUUGUUGUAAUCGUAGUUAAAUUUAAAUGGAUCUGCGGCGGCUCAGCGGAAUACAUAGAUAGCUCGAUCAAUCGGUGCUGGGGUGGGGCCACAAGACCCCUGCAGAAGGUGUGGAUACCUAAAUCCUAUCUUGGAAGAGGCCCAGUUCGCACAACCCGUUGCUUCCCCAUCCUCUGUGCCGCAUACCGGUACUACUUGGCUGUUUGGAUAUCUAUUGCGGAACAAUCUGUUGCCACUUUGAAUGCCUCGUAGUGUAGUGCUAUCCUCCUUGUUUUCCGUUCCAUUCGUAAUCCACGACCUUUUGGACGGAAUCUAGCUACCCAUGCAGGGUAAUAGAUGGCCGCCAGCUACAGAACCGGUAGCUAGCAACCUGGUACGGUAGCUAUUGGUACAACAGUGUGGUCGAUACGACGUUUUACAUGUAUCAUAGAUCUGGUGGAAGGUGCGCCAAGAAGUUGGUAUUCGCCAAAUCCAAUCUUCCCGAACGCAGGCAGUGCAGAACAGCUCCUCUGAAUUUUCCCUCACCAAAUCAAUGGAAUCAAUCCCCACGACCGCUCUACACGACCUGCGGCCUGCCUCCACCCCAAUUCCAACUUUCGCUUCGAUUACAAAACACAC